AUGUUACACUAUGGAUUUGAACGCCUAGCGAUUUUCAUUUGCAAAGAGCGAAAAAGUGCCGUAGAUAUAAUGGUAGAAGGAAAUAGAGUAAUGCAAGUUGAAAAACUAUUAAGAGACAGGAAUAUCCUGUUUGAAGUGACUUCCACCGACACCGUGGUUAGACAGAAAAGUCCUAUGUAUACCUCAGUAAGACAGUCGAGGUCGCCUCUCAAUAUGUUUCAAAAGCGCGUUUUGGAUUGGAAAGAUUACUACCCGCUGAACGUUGUCUAUAAUUUCAUGGAAAAUUUGGAAGUCCAAUAUCCAUCUACUUGUACUGUUAGUAGCAUCGGCCGCUCGGUCGAAGGGAGAGAUAUUAAAAUGUUGAAAAUUUCCAACAGUGACGCUAGCAAUACAGGCGUAUGGCUAGAUGGCACGAUACAUGCGCGGGAGUGGAUCAGUACCUCUGUCGUUACCUAUAUCGCUGAUCAUAUCGCGAGGAAUUUUAAUAAUUUACCUAAGAAUAUUACUAAUAAAGAUUGGUUUAUUGUUCCCGUCGUAAAUCCGGAUGGUUAUUAUCACUCUCACAUGCAGGACCGAAUGUGGAGAAAGAAUAGGGCUCGUGUUGAUAACACCAUUGUUGGCGUGGACUUGAAUAGGAAUUUCGGGUAUAACUGGGGCCGCUCCGGAGCUGAAUGCUCCUCGGGUGAUCCUUAUCAUCAAAAUUUCCGUGGAAUCGAGCCGUUUUCUGAGCCGGAAGCAGCUGCUGUUAAGGAUCUAAUACUUUAUUCUACAACCCCGUUCAAGAUAUUCAUCACGUUCCACGCGUACAGCGAAGUAAUUUCGUUCCCGUGGUGUUUCACUUCAGAACCUUGUGCUGAUUAUGUCAGGUUAUUAGAAGGUGGUACUGCUAUGGCUAAGGCGAUCUUCGAAACUAAUGGUCGGAUGUAUAAAGUGGGGAACUUCAAAGACCUAAUGUAUCUCGCUGCUGGGACCAGUAUGGAUUGGAGCUAUGGCACUGCGCAUAUACCUUUCUCCUAUCUCGUAGAACUGCGUAGCAAGGAGCACAAAUUUCUACUGCCAAGAGAAGAAAUAGAAGACUGCUGCCUCGAAGUACUCAACGGAGUAAAAGCACUAGCCAACUUUGUCGACCAGAAGAAGUGUUUAAAUUGUACAAUAUUUUCGAAAAAUAAAUAA